CUUUACGAAUCCGUUGUUUCGGCUAUCAGUUUUGUAUAGCUGUUUCGGCUGCUUCUGAAAAAAAAGGCUACACAACUGUAGAGACUGAACAUUAACAGUUUUUAAAAACUGAGCUCGGUACAAACAAUUCCAUCCGCACUUUGCUUCUCCUCCCGCCGCAGCAAAGAUCAUAGUCAGAAGUCAGAAACAGUGUGUCACGUCGCUUUCUCUCGUUCAUGAUCAGUGGUAGCACUGGCGAACUUGGCUUACCUCGCCGGCGGCCGGGGCAACAAAAGAUCGUCUGGGGCAAGAAAUGUUUUCUAUGACACUAACCGGCAAGUGGCAUGAAAAAAAAAACAGUAACACGAGCAGAGAAAGGCUGCAGGGAAAAGGUUUGAUUGGACAUGCUUGGCGGCACGUCCUGAACCCGAUUACCUUUGGGAGAUGCUUACGGGUUUCUGACGAACUAAAGCAAACCAUUUUCGUGCCGCACAAUGAACCGUGUGUGUUUUGGUUUCAGUAUAUUAUUAUUAUUGUUUAUUAAUUUAGGCUGCUGUUGACAGGCAGGCCGCAGUAGGGCAGAUGGAGACGUGCGUGUUGCUUUUGCGUAGGUAGGCUACUCAUGCAGAUGUUUGGGAGCGGGCUUGCCGAUGCUUGACGGACGGGAACUAGCCUGCACGCUUCGCUUCCGGUGAUGGUACCAGCAGCCUAGGGUCAAGGGCUCAAACAAAAAAACAUCAAAACUCAAAACCAUGACACUUCCUUCCAUAACAAUUCAAAAACCAUCAAAAUCAUAUAAUAAUCGCUUGUAUACUCUUUCUAAAAACCAAUAAAUUACUCCAAGAAAAGCCGUACCCUCCCUCUCUCAGCCGCUGAUAAAACCACCGGCCCUGCUCCUACGGCCGACCAGACCGAACGAAUCCUCGAGUCCCGCCCGACGCACCGGAAAGCGACGCGCCUCCACCGCCCCUUCCGUACCUCCUCCUCCUCCUCCUCGGGACACACGGCCAAGCACCAAGCGACCAAACGCGCGCCACCUUGAUUGAACUCGAAGCAAGCAAGGAAAGGCCCUAAUGGCGGGGACGCGCUGGGGGCGGUGGCUGGGGCUGGUGACGGCGGUGUGGGUGCAGUGCAUCUCCGGCAACAACUACACCUUCUCCAACUACUCGCACGCGCUCAAGACGCUCAUGGGCCUCACGCAGCUGCAGCUCAACGGCCUCUCCGUCGCCAAGGACGUCGGCAAGGCGUUCGGCCUCCUCGCGGGGCUGGCGUCCGACCGCGUCCCCACCUGGCUCCUCCUCGCCGUCGGCUCCCUCGAGGGCCUCCUCGGCUACGGCGCGCAGUGGAUGGUCGUGUCCGGGGCCGUCGCGCCGCUCCCGUACUGGCAGAUGUGCGUCUUCCUCUGUCUCGGCGGGAACAGCACCACAUGGAUGAACACCGCCGUGCUCGUCACCUGCAUCCGCAACUUCCGCCGGAGUAGGGGCCCCGUCUCCGGCCUGCUCAAGGGCUACGUCGGCCUCAGCACCGCCAUCUUCACCGACACCUGCUCCGCGCUCUUCGCCGACGACCCGGCCUCGUUCCUCGUCAUGCUCGCCGUCGUGCCGGCCGCCGUCUGCGCGCUCGCCAUGGUGUUCCUCCGCGAGGGCGCCGCCGCUGCGGACGAGGACGACGACGGGCGCUGCUUCGCCGCGAUCAACUCGCUCGCCGUGGCAAUCGCGCUGUACCUCCUCGCCGCGGACCUCACGGGGCUCGGCGGCGGGGGCGGGGUCGUCUUCGUCGCCGUGCUCCUGGUGCUCCUCGCGUCCCCCGCUGCCGUGCCGGCGAUCCUGGCGUGGAAAUCGUGGGCGGAGACCCGCAAGGCCGCGAACGCCGACCUCGAGGAGGCGGACUCCUUGGCCGCGGCCGCGCCGCUGCUUCUCGUCGCGAAGGAGGCGCGUGCUCCCGGAGAGCGGCCGCGCCUCGGGGAGGAGCACACGAUCGCGCAGACGCUCACGUCGCUGGACUUCUGGCUGAUGUUCGCGUCGUUCCUGAUGGGCGUGGGCACGGGGCUGGCCGUGAUGAACAACCUGGGGCAGAUGGGCGUGGCCAUGGGCUACGUCGACGUCUCCCUCUUCGUCUCCAUGACCAGCAUCUGGGGAUUCUUCGGUCGCAUCGCCUCCGGCACCAUCUCCGAGCACUUCAUCAAUGCCCAGGACACGAGGUAUUCCCCGCCCGCUGUGGAACGCAGCCUCGCAGGUCCUGAUGGCCGUCGGAUACAUCGUGAUGGCGCUGGCGAUGCCAGGCUCCCUCUUCAUCGGCUCGGUGGUCGUCGGCAUCUGCUACGGCGUGCGGCUGGCGGUCACCGUGCCCACGGCGUCGGAGCUGUUCGGCCUCAAGUACUACGGUCUCGUCUACAACGUCCUCAUCCUCAACCUGCCGCUCGGCUCCUUCCUCUUCUCGGGCCUGCUGGCGGGCCUCCUCUACGACGCGGAAGCCACCGCGGUGCCCGGCGGCGGCAACACCUGCGUCGGCGCACACUGCUACCGCCUCGUCUUCCUGAUCAUGGCGCUCGCCUGCGUCGUCGGGUUCGGCCUCGACGUCCUGCUCUGCGUCCGGACGAAGAGGGUGUACGCCAAGAUCCACGAGAGCAAGCGGUUGAGCAGGUCAGCCGUGGCGGAGAGGGUGGGUUAGCUUAGCAACGCACGCGGCGCCGGCGGCUCUGUGGAAGCGUUGGAAUUCAGAAGCACCUCCGCAAUUUUAAGGGCCAUUCUUGUCUUUAUUCUAUUUCUAGGGAAAAGAUGGGAUCAAUUUGAUUGAUACAGUUGAUUGCCACUAAGUACUAAUUGAGGGGGGGCUGCGGCCUGCAGAUUUUGCUGGUUCGCCAGCACGGUGUCUACUCUUGAAACGUAUAUAAAGCAUCUCGUCCCAAUACAGAUUUUAGGGCGAAAAAAAAACAAUCAUCCAACAGUACCGUAUCCAUCGUUUCUAUUCUAUCCCCACCAUUUUUUCUAGGGAAGGAGAUGG